AUGGAAGAAGAUCAAGAAUUCAAGUAUUUUUGCAAGUUGUGUAGCAAGAGCUUCCCCUGUGGCAGAUCUCUGGGUGGUCACAUGAAGUCUCACUUGAUCAACAACCAUUCGAGAGAUGAUCAAAAAUUCAUCAACAGCAGAGUUAAGGUCUCGUCUCUCGAAAAUUACACUGAGAAGGGCUUGGAAAGUGGUCCUCAAGCAGGUUAUGGCCUCAGGGAAAAUCCGAGGAAAACUUGGAGAAUUGCAGGUUCAAGUGAGGAAACUUCAGCACUAUGCAGGGAAUGUGGGAAAGGAUUUCAGUCAUGGAAAGCUCUGGUUUCUCAUAUGAAGUCUCACUCAAAUUCGACUACUAAUAGCUCUGAGAACGAACAAGAUUCUUGGACUAGCAGUAAAGUUGUGGACAGCCAAUCUGAAAAUGAGACUACUAAUACUACAAGGAGAAGAACUGCAGCAUCCAGGAGAAGAACAAGGUACGUGGGCACAACUACUACAACCUCAUCUUCUAAUCCCUCUGUUGUAAACAAUAAUGCUUCUUCAUCUGUGACUGAGAUUGAGCAAGAGCAACAAGAAGAGGUUGCUUUGUGUUUGAUGAUGCUCUCAAGGGAUGUGGGUCACUGGGGUGGCUUGAAGUUUGUUGCUGAUCUUGAUGACAGUACCUCUGAUGACAAUUCAGGGUUUUCGGAUGCUCCAUCAGCCCUCAAGAUGAAUCGGGUUUCCAAAAUCAAGGAUGCUACUUUUGAGACUUUUAAAGUGAAGAAACUAAAGAAGAAGAUGUCACAAGAGGAAGUUUGUGUUGGUGGGUUUUCCAAGAGUGACAAAGUUAAGAAGAAUUUGAUACUUGAGAAAACUGAGUUAGCUGAAGCUCAAUUGGGUUCUAACAAGUUCAAUUCAAGCAACAAGAGAAAGCUUCAAUAUGCUUAUGAUCAUUCUUCUAAGAGGAGUAAGUAUGAGUGUGGUACUUGUAACAAGGUGUUUAGGUCAUACCAAGCUCUAGGAGGCCAUAGAGCUAGUCACAAAAAGAUCAAAGGAUGCUUUGCUUCUAAGAUUGAGAGCAGUGAAAACACCGCUGAGUUUGACACAGACCUCUCCACUGAUCAUCCAGUUGCAUCAGGUCACAGUAAGCUCAGUAAUCUCAUUCAUCAUCAAGAUGUUGUUGUAAAAGCUGAGAGCAACAGUACAAAGAGUAAGGGGCAUUCUUGUCCAAUUUGCCUAAAGGUUUUCCCCACUGGUCAAGCAUUGGGCGGUCACAAGAGAUCACACUUGAUUGUUGGUCAAACUGAGAGUAAGAUCAACCAAAGCACCAUAGUCAUUCCCAAGCCAGCAACUCCUGAAGUUAGAGACUUUCUUGAUCUCAACCUUCCUGCUCCUGUUGAAGAAGAGAGCAGUACCAACCAUGCUGCUGCUGCACAAGCCUUAAAGCCGUGGUGGGCAGGAAGCAACCAUAAGCCUUAUGAGGCUCUUGUUUCAUAG